UCCCUCCCAGUCCCCUCCCAGUCCCUCCCAGUCCAUCCCAGUUCAUCCCAGUCCCUCCCAGUCCAUCCCAGUCCAUCCCAGUCCAUCCCAGUCCCUCCCAGUCCAUCCCAGUCCCUCCCAGUCCAUCCCAGUCCCUCCCAGUCCAUCCCAGUCCCUCCCAGUCCAUCCCAGUCCCUCCCAGUCCAUCCCAGUCCCUCCCAGUCCAUCCCAGUUCUCUCCCAGUUCAUUCCCAGUUCUCUCCCAGUCCCUCCCAGUGCUCCCAGUAUCCCCGGGCUGGGGGCGGGGCCAUGAGGGUGCUGCCGCUGCCCCUCCCCCUCCUGCUGCUGGCCGGGGUGGCCGAGGGGACCCCGCGGGGGACAGAGGGGAGAGCGCUGGACCUGGGCCGCUGUCGCUUCGCUCUGGGCAUGGAGGACGGGACCAUCCCCGACUUUCGCCUCUCGGCCUCCAGCGCCUGGUCCGACUCCACCGCCGCGCGCCACGGCCGGCUGGGCCGCAGCGACGGGGACGGCGCCUGGUGUCCGGCGGGGCCGGUGUUCCCGGCCGAGCAGGAGUUCCUGGAGGUGGACCUGGGCCGGCUGCACCUGGUGACACUGGUGGGGACACAGGGACGCCACGCGGGGGGACACGGCCGCGAGUUCGCCCGGCAGUACCGGCUGCGCUACAGCCGCGACCGGCGCCGCUGGCUGCGCUGGAGGGACCGCUGGGGAGCCGAGGUGAUCGGUGGCAACGAGGACCCCGAGGGGGUGGUGCUGAAGGACCUGUCCCCCGCACCGGUGGCCCGGGCGCUCCGGGUGUACCCGCGGGCGCCGCGAGCCAUGAGCGUCUGCCUGCGCCUCGAGCUCUACGGCUGUCCCUGGGAGGCCGGACUUUUGUCCUACACGGCGCCGCGGGGACACGUCAUGGCCCUGGACCCCGUCCCCAUCGUCCUCAACGACUCCACCUACGACGGCUUCAGCGCCGGCCCGUUGCACUUCGGGGGGCUGGGCCAGCUCUCGGACGGGGUCCUGGGCCUCGACGACUUCCUGAGGACCCACGAGCGCCGCCUGUGGCCGGGCUACGACUACGUGGGGUGGCCACGCCCACCCGGGCCCCACCCCCACCUGGAGCUGGAGUUCGAGUUCCAGGAGCUCCGCACCUUCCACGCCAUGCAGGUCCACUGCAACAACCUCCACACGCGCGGCGUCGGAAUCUUCCGGGCGGUCGAGUGCCGCUUCAAGAAGAUCUUGGCCACGGCCUGGGAGCCCAUGGUGGCCACCCACAGCCUGGCCGGGGCCACCAAGGACCCCAGCGCCCGCUCGGUCACCGUCCCCUUGGGCGGGCGCCACGCCCGCUUCAUCCAGUGCCGCUUCUUCUUUGGAGCGGAGUGGAUGCUCUUCAGCGAGGUGUCCUUCGUCUCAGAGGUGCUGGAUGAACCCAUGGGUGCCAGUGGGUGGCCCCCGACCCCCGACCCCUCCACCGCCAUCUUGGAAAACGCCCACUAUGGGGGCGGGGCCAGCAAUGUCACUGGCUCAGCCCCCGGGGAGGCCGGACUGGUCCCGCCGGUGGCCCAGGGCGGGGCGGGGCAGUCGCCAGCCCUGCUGGGCUGCCUGGGCGCCAUCAUCCUCCUCCUGCUCGCCAUCAUCAUCCUCAUCCUGCGGCGGCGCCACUGGUUUUUACUGGUUCGUACUGGUUCUCAGGGCCGCGGGGCGGAGGCGGCGCUGCGGGUGCAGCUCUCGGGGGACACCGUGGUCAUCAACAACGCCACGGGGGGGGGAGGGGCGCGGGGGGGACCCCGCUACGAACGGAUCGGAACCGGAACCGGAACCGGAACCGGAAUUGGGCCUGGGAUUGGAACCGGAACCGGAACCGGAACCGGAACCGGGGAGUACCAGGAACCCACCCGGGGACGGCCCCGAGUGCCCCCGGUGCCCCCCGGGGCUGCCAACCCGGCCUAUCGGCUGCUCCUCGCCACCUACGCCCGGCCAAUAGGAGGCCUUGCCCUGGCCCCGCCCAACACAGCCAAGCCAAUCAACACCGACGGUGAGGCCGAGGCUGGGGCGGGGGCUUACGCCGAGGCUGACGUCACUGGAGGCUCCGCCUAUGCCCUUGCUGGCCCCGCCCACAGCCCCGCCCAUGGCCCCGCCCUCCCAACUUUCCCUCGGGACCGCCUCCGCUUCCGGGAGAAGUUGGGGGAGGGGCAGUUUGGAGAGGUCCUGCUUUGUGAGGUCAUCGCCCCCCACACCCUGGGCCUGGCCCCGCCCCCCAGCUCAAGCCCCGCCCCUCCGGUCGCAGAGCGCCCCCUGCUGGUGGCGGUCAAGGUGCUGCGGCCGGACGCCGCCAAGAACGCGCGGCGGGAUUUCCUGCAGGAGGCGCGGGCGCUGUGGCGGCUGCGGGACCCCAACAUCGUGCGGCUGCUGGGCGUGUGCGGGGGGCCCGGCCCCCUGUGCAUCGUCACCGAGUACAUGGAGCACGGAGACCUGCACCAGUUCCUGGGCGGGGCCCGGGGCCACGCCCUCAGCCUGGCCACUUUGGUGCAGCUGGGGGCGCAGAUCGCGGCCGGGAUGCGCUUCCUGGCGGCGCGGAACUUCGUGCACCGGGACCUGGCGACGCGGAACUGCCUGGUGGGCGACGGGCUGCGCGUCAAGGUGGCCGAUUUCGGGAUGAGCCGGAGCCUGUACGGCACCGAGUACUGCCGGGUGCGCGGCCGAGCGCUGCUGCCCAUCCGCUGGAUGGCCUGGGAGAGCAUCCUCUGGGGGACGUUCAGCCCGGCCAGCGACGCCUGGGCCUUCGGGGUGACGCUCUGGGAGGUGCUGACGCGCUGCCGGGAGCAGCCGUACGGGGCCCUGAGCGACGAGCAGGUGAUCGCCAACGCCGGGCACCACUUCCAGAACCGCGGGCAGCAGCAGUACCUGCCCUGCCCCCCCGGCUGCCCCCCGGCCCUGCACCGGCUGAUGUUGAGCUGCUGGGCCCGCGAGGCGGCCGAGCGGCCGGACUUCGGCCACCUGCACCGGGCGCUGAGCGACCACCGGGCCCUGGAGUGACCAUCACCAUCAUCUUCAUCAUCAUCUUCAUCAUCGUCAUCACUGACCACCCUUCGGCCACCUGCACCGGGCGCUGAGCGACCACCGGGCCCUGGAGUGACCACGGCCAUCAUCUUCAUCAUCAUCAUCAUCAUCGUCAUCACUGACCACCCACUGAGUGACCACGGGGCCCUGGAGUGACCAUCACCAUCAUCUUCAUCAUCAUCUUCAUCACUGACCACCCACUGAGUGACCACCGGGCCCUGGAGUGACCAUCACCAUCAUCUUCAUCAUCAUCAUCAUCAUCGUCAUCACUGACCACCCACUGAGUGACCGCUGGGCCCUGGAGUGACCACGGCCAUCUUCAUCAUCAUCAUCAUCAUCAUCAUCAUCAUCAUCGUCAUCACUGACCACCCACUGAGUGACCGCUGGGCCCUGGAGUGACCACGGCCAUCUUCAUCAUCAUCAUCAUCAUCAUCAUCAUCAUCAUCAUCAUCACUGACCACCCACUGAGUGACCACCAGGCCCUGGAGUGACCAUCACCAUCAUCUUCAUCAUCAUCAUCAUCAUCAUCAUCAUCAUCAUCAUCAUCUUCAUCACUGACCACCCACUGAGUGACCACCGGGCCCUGGAGUGACCAUCACCAUCAUCUUCAUCAUCAUCAUCAUCAUUACUGACCACCCACUGAGUGACCACCGGACAUUGAGUGACCAUCACCAUCAUCUUCAUCAUCAUCUUCAUCAUCGUCAUCACUGACCACCCUUCGGCCACCUGCACCGGGCGCUGAGUGACCACCGGGCCCUGGAGUGACCACGGCCAUCAUCAUCAUCAUCAUCUUCAUCACUGACCACCCACUGAGUGACCGCCGGGCCCUGGAGUGACCAUCAUCAUCAUCUUCAUCAUCAUCAUCAUCAUCAUCAUCAUCACUGACCACCCUUCGGCCACCUGCACCGGGCGCUGAGUGACCGCCGGGCCCUGGAGUGACCACGGCCAUCAUCUUCAUCAUCAUCAUCAUCAUCAUCAUCACUGACCACCCACUGAGUGACCACCGGACAUUGAGUGACCACUGGGUGACCACGGUCACCUUCAUCAUCAUCAUCUUCCUCCCCCUCAUUAACAGGGAGGAUUUAAUUACCCGCGGUGGGGGAGGGGCCGAUUUUUGGGGUCGAAAUCCCGGAGUUUUGUACGUUUAAUUUUGUUUUAAUUGUGAAUUUCGGGCGGGUUUUUUUUUGUUGGUUUUUAAAUCAUUUUUUCCCUGAAAAAUUGUCCAAAAUUUCCUAUUUCUUUCUCAACGUUUCAAUUUUUUUCCCUUAAAGAUAUUUUUCCUCCCAAAAAAAACCACCCAAAAAAGACAUUUUACCAAAAAUUUGCAUUUUCUCCCCGAAUAAUUUAUUUUUCUCAGAAAAAAAUCCCAGAUUCCUCAAUAAACUCAAUCUUCCCUUUUAACACCCAAAUUUUAAAUAAAUCCAGUUCUUUUCCUUGGGAAUUCAACUUUUCACUCAAAAA